CUACAGGUCCAGGAAGCUGUUUGGGUAACUAUAAUGCAGCUUCCUGUAGUUCUUUUACCAGUUCUAUUUGAUCGCUGCAGUCAUAAUAUCACUGACCAUGAACAAGAUGAAGAAGCUGCCUGAGCGGAUCCUGAAUCACAUCCUGGAGAUUCUCUACCUGCUGACGGGAGAGCGUGUGACUAACACACUGACAUCAAGUGACAUGACUGGGGACAAGGUGACAACAGAGAGGAUACUGACUCACACCCUUCAAAUCAUGUACCUGCUGACAGGGGAGGAGUGGAAGUAUAUAGAGGGACACAAGGAGCUUUACAAGAACGUCAUGAUGGAGACUCACCAAGCAUUAAGGACUAUGGAGAUCCCAGGAAAUGAGAGCUCAGAUGACAAUGAUGCUAAGAUUUUAUGUAACCUGGAACAAACAGAUGAUCAGUGGCAAAUGAAUGUGCCAGAGCGUGAAAUAUUUAACAAUAUAAAUGCAGUGCCACCUGAGCCGCUGAAUGUGCAGAGAUUACAGGACCGGUAGAACAAUCGCCUGCUGAUGUGUGCACUGACUUAAGUGGGUUUGGCAAGUGACAAUGUAUGAUUAGCAGAUGGCUUAUUCUGAUCAUGUAAAGCUGCUUCGAAUGUGAAAUAGCUGGAUGUUUUUCUGUUUGUGAAUGUAAAAGGUUAAAAUGUUUUGACUGCAGUUUUUAUACAGACAUUGUUAGCCCAGUCACUGCCCUUUUAAAUAAAUGGCAUUAACCACUGUUCACUUACAA